AAGACUGCGCUGCUCCGCGUCUGCUUCAGACAAGAGGAACAGCUUCAGCUGCCGCUCCAGUCCGCCGAGCGCACAAUAGCCGCACGAACACAACGGGAUCUCUUUACGGAUAAACGCGCGAUCGCAUCUCUUGGAUUAUUACAGCUUCAUCUUUUCCUAGAUAGUGAUUUACUAAUGCUGAUCGGACACGUUAUUGAUCACCAAACGCUUGCGCCAUGAGCGGGGUUCUCAAGAGGAAGUAUGAGGAGGUGGCGGAGGACCCGUGCUACUCCUCCUCAUCCCCCUCCUCUCUCUCCUCCUCUGCCUACUCAGAGUGGGACUCAGAUGGGGAGAGCUGCUACUCGGACACCCUGGAUUCGACCCCCAGUAACCCUAGCUCCCCAGCAACAUCCUUAAACACAACAUCUAUCCUGAAGAAGGCUAAGCGCACACGGCGAGGCAACGUGCAGUUUGACCAGGUUACGGUUUUCUUCUUUCCUCGUUGCCAGGGCUUCACCAGCGUGCCCAGUCGGGGAGGUUGCACCCUUGGCAUGAUGCAAAGGCACAGUGCCCAACGUCGCUACACAUUGGCAGAGUUUGCGAUAGCACAGCGCCACCUACGGCGAGAGAAACUCAAAAAUCGAAUGAGGGAGGAAAAACUGGAAGCCCUUAAGCUAAAGCUCACCAAAAACGGUACCCAAGAGUCUGAAGAAGCUGAAAAGUUAACUGUCGAUGAUAUCCCAGAGGAUGAAAUUGACCUCAGUGGAGUAAAUGUGGAUGACGGCUCCUUCCUGCAUCCAUACCCCUCAAAGAAAAGGUACGCCAUCCUUAAAGCUGCUGGUGUGAAGAAAAUCGAUAGAGAAGAGAAACGUCAACUUCAUGAGCUGCGGACAUCGAGAGAAGACUGCGGAUGUGACUGUCAAGGCUUCUGUGAGCCAGAGACCUGCAGCUGUAGUUUGGCUGGGAUCAAAUGUCAGAUGGACCACUCAUCCUUCCCAUGUGGCUGCACUAAAGAUGGCUGUGGGAACACACAAGGUCGCAUCGAGUUCAACUCUAGCCGAGUUCAUACCCACUACAUCCACACUAUCAUGAAGCUGGAGCUGGAAAAACGCUUGGAGGAGCACACGACAGAGACGCCUCCUGAAACUCAUCCAGACAGCAGUUCCCUAAACCAACCAGCAGAGAUCAGCAGCACGCCAGACAUGCCAACAUUUCACUUUAACUCAGAGCUACUAUCCACAGGAGAGAACAGCUGCAGCAGUGACAUGACCGAUUCGUCUAGUUCCUCAGGCCAGAGCGAGGAUUCUGAAUCUGUUGAAAAUGUUCCAAGUGAACAGUCGCCGCUGGACGUUGACGAAAACGGACUUACAAGAAUCCUAAGCUUUAGCGACACAGACAAUGAAGACUGUUCUAUCAGGGAGCGCAAUGACAACUGUGACUACCAACAGAAAAAGAGCGAAGGGUCGAUGGGUUAUGGCAUCUUCAGUACAGAGGACGACAAGCUCAACAUGUCACAAACAGACAACAGUCGCACAGCCAUGUCUGAACUUUUAGACGAGAACGCUAAUCAAGGUAACGGACUAUUCCACAGCAGCUUCAUCCCACAUACGCCCUCGCCUUCCAUCGAUCAUUCGGCCAGCUACAUGGACCUUAGCCUGUCAUCCGAGUCAGACUUAGAAUUCUUUGAUGGAUUUCCUUGUUUGGGACCGAGCUCGCUAUACAACUCCCUAAAGGAGUAUGAGCACGUGGACAACUUCUUUCAGUUCCAGUUGCCUACCUACCCCAGCCUUCCUCAAGCUGUCGACCCAGGAACAUGUCUCCUGGAGUCUCUGAUCGGCUUGUCAGAUUCUGUCCCAGAACCUCCGACUACUUUCACGGACAAUCAAAUGCUAGAAGAUGCCAUGAAGCUGUCAGUGAUGGAGUCUUUAAAGGUCUAAUGGGGGACUCUUGUAUGAUCACUGUAUAAAUGAACUAUGGGAUUGUAAAUGAAUGCCAUUUGUUUUCUUUUUGAAUGGAGACCCAUCGCGGGAUAUCAAUAUUUGCAUUAUCUGCCUUUAAGAUGUUAGCAAAGCAUUAAGUUAUUAUAACAAUCUUUAUUAUCAUUAUUGCCAUCGCAGUGGCAGCUAACAUUUCAGUUCAAAAACAAGUCUGGCCGACUGAUUUUUGAAUAUUUGUACAUAUGGCCAGGAAGGUGAAGAAAUUUUCACCCACAUUGGUGGUAUUAUCAACAUUUACCAUUAUUAUUAUUAUUAUUGCUAAGGUUAUUUAUAUGAAUUGAGAAGGGGCACCAAUGGGAGUCAUAAAGCUGAUUAUGUAUCUCAGGGACUUUUUCUAGCUUUCAGAAGCAAUGCAUUUUGACCAUCGCUGUUUUUUGGCGUUCUUUUUUUCUGAGAAUUUUCACCAAAACAAACAGCAUUUAAAUGGCCCCUUUUGUAGGGCUUCUUUCUUGGUCGCUUUUCCGACUUGAGAUGGUGGUCUGUACUUUUUUUUGCAAAGCUAGAGGAAGACUCCUGUUCCACAAAAAGGCUCCUUGGGAUUUUCUAACGGUACACAAAUCCCCCCCGAGGCUCCUCAGUUAGCACUUUAUCUGUGAAAAAAAUGAACCAAUCAGAGAGCAGAUGGGUCUGCCUUGUCGUCUCUGAGUCGAAGAUUGUUUUCAUGCCAUUUUAUGGUGUUGGAUCAUCAGCACAAGGUGGAGAAAAGUGAACGAUUUCCUUUUUAAUUUAUUCUACACGCCGAAGAUAUUGCAUAAUAUGACUGUGUGAUAUCUGUUGACCAUUAUUUGGAAUUGCUUUUAUUUAUUCUUACCAAGUUAUUUAUUUUGUUUUCUUCAAAUGCCAGCUGAAUAUUAUCUGAGCCACACUGUGCUCCGGAGAAGUGGAAAUAAUGCAGCUUGUUCACGUUUUCCACCUACAUUAACCUGUGUGAUGCACAUCUUUAUGUUCAGCUGUGGAGGAAGGGGCACCAACUGCAAAGUAUUUAAUAAUUACGAUGAAGUAACACAUUUGGUUAAAUUAUUUCACGUUUAGCAUUUCAGCAGUAGGACUAUUUAUUCAUGGUUUGGGAAAUAAAGAGAACGGUGUGUUUAACAAAAGAAAAAUAUAGUCUGUGCCUGUUAACACAAGGAGCCGCUGUUUCCUGUCAGAUGAAUGACAUGAUGCUGUAUAAUCUACCUAUUAACUAAAAAAGGUCUGUGAAUUGACCACCAAUGACAUAGCCUAUAAUAUAGAGAAUUAACAUUUUGUAACUAUGUAGAUUUGAGAGAAUUCUAAUCUGUUUAUUGACAAAUUAUUUUAUUAAGAAAUUAAAUUCACAAUCUUCUUCAAAUAUUAAAACAUUUGUAAUAUAUGAAUAGAGCUAAAUCUAUGCUUAAAGAAAAAGACUAAUAUUCUGGCGAGGCAUAAAGUUAGGGUUUACUACGAUGUAGCUACCUAAACAAAUUUCCCAAACUUGAUUUGACUGGUUGACUGGAGAACACAACUGACAACGUUAAUUGCGGGAGAAAAUUUAGGCUUAGUUUCAAUAACGUUUUGUUGAUAAAAUCUGCAUAUAUUAUGCAACAUGUAUCAUAUUAUGCAAAUUUGCGUUGCCCAUGUUGUUUCCACUACAGUGAAGACAUUUAAGUUUGUAUGUUUCUGAAUGAGCUUUGAGGACAUGAAUCGAUGUACAUAUCUGACCAUCCAGACUUGAGCUGUCAGCACAGCCUUAUUUGACCUGAUAGGAGCAUUUUUGCAUGCAAGACCCAUUCAUUUGUCAUGCAUUUAGAGCAAAACUGCACAAUCAGAAAUGUACUUGCUUUAUUUUUGCCUUCAUGCUGUUCAUUCAAGUCCAGCUUAUUAUUCCCUUGUAAAGAUGUAUCUCAUCGCAAUGAAAUGGAAAUGAUUGGUAUUUAUUAGUCAUGAUUGAUGUUUUUGAUCUCUGAUGCUUUUCAAAGUGUUUCUUACUUCUGCCUUUUUGUUGUAUAUAUUUUCUGCUUCAAUGAAACUAAAGACAAAACCAAGCAGUUGUUUUAUAUGAUAUAUUUUCACGCUUAACAGUUUAAAGCUGUUCAUUUCAUUCAAGUCAUUUGACAUUAGUUUGUCCCUUCAAAAUAAAAGUCCAGCUUUUUUCUUAA